AUGUGUAAUCCUCAUUCGCAACCUGCUACUUCUUCCCCUCCACCAGCACUUGGGCUUGGUGGAAGUGGAUUUGUGGCAGGAGGAAUUGGUGCUACUAUUGCUGAUGGUCAAUCAAAAGCUAUUUUUUGUUAUAAGUUUUUGGCAUGGGGUACUAGCACUGCCAUAGCUCACAAGGUUGUUGAUUCCAUUUUUGGCCUUCAAGUCAUCAAACAUGAGACUGUUGCUUCAUCAGAACCAACUGCUACUACUCUUGCACUAAACAUGAACAGUCUUGCGAACUCUUAUGCUUGUGGUAGUCAAUCCAAAACUUUAAGUGAUGUAUGA